UCUUGCGCUAGAAAACGACGUCAGUGAGCUGGCCUGUCAUUGGACGUUCAGCUCACGUAACUGCAGUGAGUGGCAGGGAAGUGAUGCGAGAGUGAAAUGAAGUAAUUGAGUGUCUUAAAACUUAGCGUAUUUCAACUUUUAAUUAGUGUUUGGCUUAGAAAGUGUACGCGGAGUCAGGCGGCUAUAUUUUGUAUUUGUGAGAGACGAAAUAAGGUUUACUGUAAUGUAUGAUGAGGUCAACUGUGCUGGUGGCUAGAAGAGGAACACUGUGCUCAUCUAUCAUUAACAAAUAGAAUAGUUUUUGGCAGUCAUGGUGGAAGCUACAAAGUUGAAAAGUCUACCACCUGUGCAGAAGAUGCAUGGUCCCUACAUUUCAGUCAUAACAAAUCGCAAAAUUAAUUUGACAAUACGAGGAGUGGUCCUGUUUUCUAUUGGGGUUUUCCUAGCUUUAGUGUUAAACUUGCUACAAGUUCAACGAAAUGUUACUCUCUUUCCUCCAGAUGUAAUAGCCAGCAUCUUCUCCUCUGCAUGGUGGGUUCCACCAUGCAUUGGCACAGCUUCAGCUGUGAUUGGAUUGAUGUACCCGUGUAUUGACCGUCACCUUGGGGAGCCUCACAGAUUUAAACGAGAGUGGUCCAGCGUCAUGCGAUGUGUGGCAGUCUUUGUGGGGAUUAACCACGCAAGUGCUAAAAUAGAUUUUGCAAACAAUAUGCAGCUGUCUCUUACACUUGCAGCACUGUCCAUUGGAUUGUGGUGGACAUUUGACAGAUCUCGAAGUGGAUUUGGCCUUGGAUUAGGCAUUGCUUUCUUUGCAACCUUGGUGACCCAGCUGUUGGUAUAUAAAGGUGUUUUUCAGUAUACCUCCCCUGACUUCCUCUAUGUACGUUCCUGGUUACCUUGUAUAUUUUUUGCUGGAGGAAUUACCAUGGGAAAUAUAGGCCGUCAACUAGCAAUGUAUGAAUGCAAGGUUGUUCAAGAAAAGGCACAUGAAGACUGAAGCCAGAAGUUUUGCUGGGUGAUUUUUAUUUUUAGAAGAGAAAAACAAAUGGCUGUACAUUGAUCGAAUAACAUGCCAAAAGUGAAAGUAUGUAGAAUUGUAAAUAAGGAUUUAAUUUGAAUGUAGAAUUGCAACUACUGUUUUGUUUUGUUUUUUUAUUGUUACUGUACAGUGCAAUCUGUGAUUGCUAUUUUGUAUAGGUAGUCUGGUGACAGUGCGUCGGUAUGAAAUACAACUUUUCACAUUAAGAGUUAAUGCCUAUUGAAAGAUCCUGAAAUAUAGACUUUAGCUUUAGACCUUUGGCUGUGUUGUGCCAAACUGAUGUUUGGGUUAAUUAAAUUAAUCUAAACAUUGGCAGAUAUAAAUACACCUGCUGUUUAGGCCUAAAUUAUAUGCAUUUAAGACCUCUCCUGUUUAAGGUCAGUUGAAUAGACACCAAUGUGUUUUACUGGGGGUUUCUACAGUAGAUAUAUAUAUAUUUUUUUGCAGAAGGAAGUAUUCACUUUUUUUUUUUCUGCUCUAAACGUACACAUCUCUGCUAGUGCUGUACCUUGUGUGUAUCCGACACCGAUUCCAAUAUUAGGUAGUUGAUCCCUGGAGGAUCAGGAUACAUUUGGUUUAAUCAAAUAUCUGGCAGAAGAAUAGAAAAACAAACAAACCAAAAGAAAAUCUUUUUUAUACUUUGUGCUGAGUAUUGUGCACUAUUUACACUCAUUGCAAUCGAAGGCUUAUUCUUAGCUGAAUGUUAGAUGAUACAUGGCAUUGUGUCUAAUUUCUGCUCUUGAUCACGUUGUUUCAGUUCUUCAUCCUAACUUCAAAACCAAGACAGAAGUGUUCAACACAAAACGAUCUAGUGCCACACUACCAGUAAUGUGAAAUGUGGCUGUCUCUUGUAAUAAGCAUUGGUUUUGCAUGGAGUUCCUGAAGAAAUGUAAAUCCGUAUUUGCUUUUGUAUUCCUUAAUUUAUUUUUUUAAAUAGAAAUAGUAGUGCAAUAUAAAAAGUGAAAUAGAAUUAUUGGAAAAGGCCAGAGGUUCACAUGCACGCACACAUAAUUAUGUGUGUUAAAACUAGAUCGAGAAAAUAAAAAUGCUCGACAAACAUACAUAUUCUAUUAAAGAAGUGACGGGUGGCAAAAGAUAAUAGUCUUUGGUUUAAGUCAUAAUCCCAUUUUCCACUUGUUAUGGACAAUGCUCAGUAUACAUAUUUUAUAUUGAUUGAAUUAAAUGUUGUUUUGUUUUUCUUCACUUAUUGUUUUCAUAGCUUCAUGUUUGCAACCAAUUAGAAUGUGCCUCAACUUUCAGCAUAGACACAAACAAGCUUUGUUAUUACAAUUUACUGCAUUUUUGUGGUUUGAUGGGUGGGUAGAGACCCAUCUGUUGUAACUUCCCAUAUGUAAAUGGAAGUGUUCAAACAUGAAGCCCUUAUUAAACAAUGACUUUUAAAAUA